AUGCAGUCAGGUGAAGAGAGCAGGCUGGGCAUCAAGUGUGCGAGUCUACAUGAGGAACUGACACAGAUAGUCAUCGACCAGGAUGUGGGGCCGCUGCAGCGCGUGCCGGCAAGCGAGUUUCUGGCACGGCUAGUGGAACACAUGGGGCAGACGAUUCCGCGGGAAGUGUUUGGGGCGGAGGCAGAGACAGGGACGCGCGACCUGGAGCGGUUGGGCGCGAUUGUGGCGUACAUCGAUGAGAAUUUCGCGGCCCAGAACGUGCUGCCGUUCACAAUCCAGCGGAUCUGCGAACUGUGCUACCAUCCGCUGCAUUACUUCCGGGUGGGCGAGCUUCGUAAGUUUGUGAACGCGCUGGAGAAGGUGUGCUACGUGCGCAGCAGCUGGAGCGCGGGAUAUGGCGCGGUGCCGUCGCCGGCGGAAGGGACGCCCACGCGUGAGGCGAGCGUGGAUGUGUCGAUGUCCAAGAUUCCCUGGCUGCCGGACGACGGCGGGCGUGAUCUGCGGCAGUUUAUCGAGAAGAUUGAGUCAAUAGUUUCGGUGAACUUCGGCUACGAGGACGACGAGGACGAGGGCCGCGACGCGGCCAUCCAAGAGUAUUACGAUAACGAGGGUGCAGGCGACGAUGAAGACGACGACCAGGACUAUGUGGAUGAGGACAGCGCCACCAGUGAAGACGAGGAGGAGGAUGUGGAGGAGGAGGAGGAGGAGGAGGGGCCUGAGCCCGAGGUUGGGCUGGAGCCUGUGCACGCCGAGUCUGCCCCGGAAGAAUGCGUGGGCACGAAUAAGAGGACAACCGCCGAGCGCGAGGACUGCCACAUGCAGCCGUGUGCAGCAGCUCACUCCACAGACGGCGCCCAUCCUUGCGGACUGAAGCGUUCAAAAUUGCAGGAAGAUGGUGCCACGAUGGCCAGCCCGCCGGAUAUUGUAGCAGAGGGCGGCUCGCAUGAUCCGCAAGUUGUGGAUGCCUCCAAGCCGCCGCAGUUAACGACAUCUGCCACAAAUGUAAGCUGCAAUGCUUCGAUAGAGGCUACAGUAUCGCUAGACGAUGAUUCCACGGCAGGUGGGGAGUAG